CGCUUAGUUACCCAGUAACUGGAUUGCAGAAUAUCUAUAAUAAUGAAUCCUCUUAAUAUCUUGUUCCUAGUGUGCGUGGUGUCCGCCGCGCCACAAGGAUACGGUGCCGGAGGCGACGGCGGGCUGGGAGUCGAUCUCGGUGGCACAGGAGGCCACGGCGGCAGCGGCGUUGGAGGCGGUAGUGUGCUUCCUUUCAUCUUGGUCGGGAAGGGUGUGCUUCCUGAAAGUGCCAUUGGUGGUGUAGGAGGCGUUGAUGGAGGUGUCAUCGGUGGGGAAUACAGCGCACCAGAUGCUGGUGCUGUUGGAGCCUUCGACGUCGAUGUCGCUGGAGGCUUCGAUGCUGGUGCUGCUGGAGGUUUCGAUGCUGGCGUUGCUGGAGGCUUCGAUGCUGGUGUUGGCAUCGGCGAGGAAGUCUCCCAUGUCAGCCCCCCUGUCAGCGUAUACGAUGCACCACACUAAUUGUG